ACACCUUAGCCCGCCUCAUUUGAAACUCACCAGACCGUUAUUAGUCCCUCCUAUCCCCACUUUUCCCGGUAAAUCAUUAACCACCGGAAAUGACUAAAAAGACCAAAAUACCCUCCCAUUUUAAAUCAUUCCCUCUUAUUUUCCUCUCAUUAGCCCUCACCCUCCUGUCCUUAAUGGUAAAUUCACAGUUCUCGGCCGCGGACCGGAAAAUUCUACUCAAUCUCCGGCGAAAAUUCAACAACCCCUCGUCCCUAAAACACUGGAAUCGCACUUCCUCGCCCUGCGACUGGCCGGAAAUUGACUGCAGAGUUACCGGAGAAGUCACCGGAGUUGAUCUAAGCUCGAAAAAUAUUGAAUCUCCGAUCCCUCCUUCAGUUUGUGACCUUAAACACCUCGAAAAUUUGAACAUCUCUGACAAUUACAUCCCAGGAGAGUUCCCGAAAGCUCUUUACAGCUGCUCGAAUCUCAUCGAGCUCGAUCUUUCUCAAAAUUGCUUUAUUGGAUCAAUACCACACGAUAUCGAUAAGCUCAAAACCCUGAAAUGGCUGAACCUUGGCGCCAAUAACUUCACCGGAGAUGUUCCUCCGGCGAUCGGAAAGUUGCCGGAACUUGAAGGGUUACUGUUGUAUCAGAAUUUGUUUAAUGGGACUUUUCCGGUGGAAAUCGGAGACUUGGCUAAUCUUCAGUACUUGGAAUUGGCUUAUAAUGGCUUUGCAGAAUCCGAAUUUCCACCGGAGUUUGGAAGGCUGAAGAAUUUAGUCUUCUUGUGGAUGUCUGACACGAAUUUGGUCGGAAAGUUGCCUGAAAAUGUCUCGGGCUUAUCGAGUUUAGAGAGGCUGGAUUUGAGCUCAAAUGAGCUAGAAGGGCCUAUUCCAAAAGGAUUGUUUAUGUUGAAGAAUUUAAAGAAGUUGUUCUUGUUCAAGAACAAGUUGUCAGGCUCAAUUCCUUUGGUUAUUGAGUCUGUCAGUUUGACUGAGCUUGAUCUGUCUAUGAACAAUUUGUCCGGUUCGAUUCCGGAGGGGUUCUCAAAAUUGAAGAAUUUGGAGUUGCUUAAUCUGUUUUCCAAUCAUUUGACGGGUGAAAUUCCAUCAGGGAUGGCUCAGAUUACAACUCUGACAGACUUCAGUGUUUUUCGGAACAAUCUUACUGGAGAAUUUCCAGCUGAGUUAGGCCUGCAUUCCAAGCUCGAGGCGUUCGAGGUUUCUCACAAUCAGUUCACAGGAAGGCUGCCUGAGAAUUUGUGCGCUGGUAAGAGCUUGACUGGUGUGGUGGCCUUUUUAAAUAAUCUAACAGGUGAGAUUCCGAAGUCUCUUGGGGAUUGUCCAAGUUUAGUGACUCUGCAACUGUAUGGUAAUAGGCUUACAGGUGAAGUCCCAUUAGGCCUUUGGACAGGUAUGAAUAUGACCAAUAUGAUGUUAAGUGAUAACUUGUUAUCAGGUCAUCUUCCUAGUAAGUUAGCCUGGAAUUUAUCGCGGCUGGAGAUCAGUAACAACAAUUUUUCGGGUCAAAUUCCUGUUGGGGUUUCUUCUUGGGUGAACUUGGUUGUGUUUAAGGCUAGUAAUAAUCUGUUUUCAGGUAAUCUUCCAGUAGAACUCACGAGUCUUUCUCAGCUGACCACUCUGAAUCUUGAUGGAAAUUUGUUAUCCGGUGAGCUUCCUGGGGAGAUCAAGUCAUGGAGAUCACUCAAUACGUUGAAUUUAGCAAGAAACAACCUCUCGGGAUCAAUUCCUUCUGUCAUAGGGUCUGUGCCAGAUCUUCUGGAUCUUGAUUUAUCUGCAAACAGGCUUUCGGGUGCUAUUCCAGUUCAUUUAGGUCAGUUGAAGCUCACUUCUUUGAACUUAUCGUCCAAUCAACUUACUGGUAAAGUCCCUGCUGAGUUUGAUAACAUGGCAUACGACAAGAGUUUCCUGAACAAUUCUGGACUCUGUGCCAAUACACCAGAGUUGAGCCUGGGUAACUGUUAUACCAAAGUUCCCCACAACAACAAAGUGUCGAACAACACGUUUGCCAUUGUUCUUGUUUUAGCAAUAGUUGUUCUGCUAGCUACUAUCGUUUCCACUUUUCUUUUGGCCAGAGAUCAUCAAAGGAAGAAGCAGAAGCGAGAUAUAGCUACCUGGAAAUUGACCUCAUUUCAGAGAUUGGAUUUCACAGAGGCCAAUAUCUUGUCUAGUUUGACUGAUCAUAACAUGAUAGGAAGUGGAGGAUCAGGAAAAGUUUACCAGAUCCCGGUUGGUUCUACUGGUGAACAUGUUGCGGUGAAGAGGAUUUGGAGUAAUCACAAACUAGAUCACACACUUGAAAAAGAGUUCUUCGCUGAGGUUGGAAUCUUAGGUUCAAUUAGGCAUUCUAACAUAGUGAAGCUUCUGUGUUGCAUUUCAAGUGAAAACUCCAAGCUUCUUGUUUACGAGUACAUGGAGAAUCAGAGUCUUGACAAAUGGCUACAUGGAGAUAAAAAAAUCGCGUCACAGAUGACUAAAUCAAUUCAUUUUGCACUUGAUUGGCCACGAAGAAUGCAAAUAGCCAUCGGUGCUGCUCAAGGCCUAUGCUACAUGCACCACGACUGCUCUCCACCUAUCAUUCAUCGCGAUGUCAAGUCCAGCAAUAUAUUGCUGGACUCUGAUUUCCAAGCAAGAAUAGCAGAUUUUGGAUUGGCCAAGAUUUUGGUCAAGGGUGAUGAGGCUAACACUAUGUCUUCUAUUGCUGGCUCAUUUGGCUACAUUGCUCCAGAGUAUGCUUAUACUACAAAAGUGAACGAAAAGAUUGAUGUUUUUAGCUUCGGAGUGGUACUUUUAGAACUUGUGACAGGAAGAAAGCCAAAUUACGGAAGUGAGAAUCACAUAAACCUCGCGGAAUGGGCCUGGAAGCACUAUGGAGAAGGAAAAUGCAUUGCUGAUAUACUGGAGAAGGACAUUAAGAAAGAUUGUUACUUGGAAGAAAUGAAGACAGUAUUCAAACUAGGUUUGAUGUGCACCAGCACAAUGCCUACUGAUAGGCCUUCGAUGAAGGAAGUUCUGCAGAUUCUACAACUUUCAAGUCCACCAGAAAGUAGUGAUGGCAAGAAAGGAGGCGAAUUUGAUGUUGCACCGCUCCUUGGGAGCUCACCGGCAGCUACUUAUCUAUCUAGCUACAGGAAAAGUAAGAAUCUGUCUGUAGACAACGACAGUAGUUUUGUUAAUAUUAUUCAGUAAUCAUAAUACUUGCUAUAAUCAUCCAUAGGAUCAGCCUUUGAAGAAAAAGAAAACACAAAGACGUUUCCUUUUUAGGUCGAGCAUGAGUAUAGGUUCAGCUUCUUCAUGCUUGAAUGUAUUGCAUUGUAAUUUUACGACAUUUAACUCUGUAACAUAGUUGUCUUGUAA